AUGGUGGCGUCACGGCUCGCUGCUGCGACAGCAAUGGCGCUAUUGGCUCUGACAGGCGGCAACGCCGUCUUCGGAGCCUCAUUCCUCCCGUCGCUCAAGCUCGGCUUCAAGGUACACCGCUCCACUAUGCAAGUCUUCGGCACCUCCACCUUCGACGUCUUCGUCAAGCCCGUUCAGCGCGGAAGCAGCGUCACCUUCGACGGCAAGGCCUCCUUCGAGCAGGAUGGCACCACGUACAACUUUGUGCUCAUCGACAAUGUGCCGUACUACGAGGUGGUCUCCAGCACCUCCAACUCGACCACGUGCCUCCCAACGGAUAACGUCCCGAGCGUUCCUGACAUCGUGGAGGCCCUCGCAUCCGCCACCGCAGUCUCCAGUGUCAACACGGACCAAGACAUCUCCUGCACCAACGGGACGUGGCUCAGCACCAGCUUCGCCGGCGAGCCGUAUGUGCUGUGCACGGGUGCCGAGGCUGACAGUGGCAACUUUAUGGUGUAUGGAGAGGACCUAAGCGUUUCGUUUGAGUACUUUACGGAGGACGUGUCAAUUGCGAAGCCAACCAACGCUCCUUCCGACUGCGAGGCGGUGACCGGAGAUUCCGUCGCGCUGUCUUCACUGGGCCAGAUCUACGGUCUCACGACGUCAGGAUCGCGCCGUGCGCUCAAGGAAGAGGCCGGGGCCGCGCACCUCGCGAGCUCCAAGUGCACGUGUCAGGGCACGACGCGCCCGUGCCUUUUCUUCCACGGCAUGGACGUCGCUGCGGACGGGGGGAUCGUGGAUGAAUACUCGUUCUUCGGGGACAUCAAGGAGCACGCGCCAUGCUGCUCGUCCUUCCACUUUGCGAUCCUCAACACGGUGGACUACGCAUGGUACAACGAUACGCUGCAGCAGAAGGCUUGCAACGCCGCCAUGAAUGUGACCACGGGCAGAACGGACAGCGGGGAGACGGUGAUCAACGACCUCAUCGUGGUGGCUCACUCGAUGGGCAACAGCAUGUUCGCGGGAGCGUUGGCGACUGGCAAAUGCUCGAUCGGCAAGAACGUCGACUGGGUGGCGUUGAGCGGGCCCAUGAAGGGCAGCAUGGGCUCCGACUUCAUCUACCAGAUCUGUGGCAGCAGCAGCAGCGACUCGGAUACUCUGCUCGCGAAGUUUGGAGGACUCAUCGGUCAGUGCCCCGGAACGACAACGCGCCGCUCGCUGGUGUACGACGGCGGUAAAUACUGCGACGCCGCCUGCUCGCUUCGGUAUGCUGCUGCGCGCGCCAUGUACGCCAAGUACGUGACUGCAGGCAUCUGCGGCACGACGUACAAUGGACUCAUCUCGAAGGAGUACGCGGGACUGCUGGCGGGAGGGCUGCUGAUCCCGCACCACUCGUCCAAGAACGAUGGCAUCGUCGAGUUCCAGAGCUGCGUUGGCGACUUGGACGCGUCCAAGUUCGACACCACGUACGCCAGCACCUGGUACGCUGCGAAGCUCAACCACGCAGACACGACUUUCCACGAUGGCGACGGGCUGUUCAGCAGUGCGCAGAAGCCCCUGAAGUGGUUCGAGUGCCUGCUGUAA